AUGACGGGUUAUGCCGCUCUCGAGUACGGCUUCCCGUCAACGCACAGCGCCAAUGCUGUGUCUGUGGCGGCGUAUGCGAUCCUCCUCCUCCGGGACCCUGAAAACACACUCUCCGACGGCAUGAAGUCCGGCCUCGAGUUUCUCUCCUACUUUUACGCGUUUUCCAUCAUCAUUGGCCGACUCUACUGUGGUAUGCAUGGCUUCUUGGACGUCAUCUUUGGAUCGGUUCUUGGCCUCAUCAUCGGCGUGGCCGAAUUUUACUAUGGCCCCGCCUUGGACCUGUACAUGUACAACACCGCCUGGCUUGGCCCGGUACUGGCGACCUUGGUCAUUGUUAUCCUCGUAAGAGUACACCCAGAACCUGCCGACGAUUGCCCUUGCUUUGACGAUAGCGUCGCCUUUGCCGGUGUCGUCAUCGGCGUCGAGUGCGGUUCCUGGACCUAUGGCCGCACGGCCUGGGAUCCCUUCAUCGGCCAUGCCCAUGGUCUGCAGUCCAUGGACGUUUCAAAACUAGCCUGGCCCGUCCUGGUAGCCCGCCUUGUUCUCGGUGUCGCCAUCAUCUUCGCCUGGCGGGAAGUUACCAAGCCUGCCCUGCUCAAGAGCCUCCCGCACAUCUUCCGCUUUUUCACGCGGGCGGGUCUCAUCCUCCCACGACGCUUCUUCAACCCGGCAUCCCAGUACAAGACCGUGCCGCCCAAGUUGCGUCUUGACAAUGUAUUUCCGGCCGUCUCUGACAUUCCCAGGGUAGUGGAGAGCAUGCGCCAUGCGAACAGUCGCGGUCGCUCCGUGUCGAUUGGCCCGCAGAGUGCUGCUGAUGCGUACGAGACGCUUGCCUAUCGGGAGCGCAGGAGGAAGGAGAGCAUUGGCAGCAACGGCAGCAUCCGGAGCAAGUCGAGCCUCACAGACCUCAAGGAAGGUGCUGCCGCCGCCGCCGCCGGCUCCAACACUUCGGCCAUCAUUGAUGAAGGGCCGGCUGCCAAGACGAGCGGCGUCGAGACGAGGCAGAGCUUGUUGAAGCAGUACGAGAGCAUGAUGGGCGAGGGCGAGGUGCUUGUAUCUCGACCGGGUGAAGACGGAAAGAGGGACGUGUAUGCGCUGCGAGGCGUCGACGGGCUUGACGAAACCGAGAUGUUCUCCAGGCUCGUGAGGCCCCGAGUACGGUACGACGUCGAGGUCGUGACCAAACUGGUCGUCUAUACAGGUAUGGCUCGCAUCUCCCCUUUUCCGACUGAACGUAAGCCCAUUUGGUAG